AUGGCUGAUUGCUGGAGCAAGGUCGGCUCACCCAGCGUGUUGAUUGAAAUUAUGGAUGACAAAGUUGAUCCAAACCUCUUUGUUACUUGUCGUCUGUGUCUUGGUGAUUUAGGACAGUAUCAAAUUGUACCUAAAGUCCAGCAACAAAUUAAAUACUGUUUUAAUAUAAAAGUUGACCCAUUUGAUGGACUGCCUCAGCUAAUAUGUGUAAAAUGUAAAGGCAUUUUAAACAACUUCUUUGAAAUAAAGACUUUAUUCACUGAAAAGCAAGCAGACCUGAGAAAUAGAGUUACAAGAAAGGAAUUAAGUGCAGAAAAAUAUAUUUUUCAACACCAACAAAACACUGUCAGUUCUAGCCAACAAGCUUCUGAUGAUACAAAUACGCAAAAAAAGAAAUACUCUAAGAAAAGAGUACGUAAUUCUUCCUUGUCUGAUGGUAGUGAAUCUGGAUCGUCAUACACUCACUUAAAAAGGAAAAAAAGAAAAUCUUCAAAGAAGGUCACUAGUAGAAGUCUGGUGUCAUGGGAGCUACCUUAUAAGAAAUCAAUCUCAUGUCAUUUGUGUUAUACUGUUUGGCCCAAUAAAAAUUCAUAUGCCAAACAUAUGCGAUCACACAGUCACCUUGUAGAAAAGUAUAAAAAUAUAUUGAAAAGACAGUGUAAAAUAAAUCUGGUCAAAAUUGAUGGUAAACCUAAUUUAACUGGAUUACCUGAUAUGGUAGUACACAAUAAAAAUAAAAUUGUUGCUCCUGGGGAUUCAUACUUUUGUACCAUUUAUUCCAAAGAAGAUCCUAUUUGCUCCUCUAGUGAUAUUCAACAAGUUGUGCAAGAAAAUAAUGAAAAUAGUUCUUCAUCCUCAGAUGAUGAACACAUUGUAUUCAGACCAACCAGAAGAAAUAAAAGGUUUAUAUCUAGAAGUUCCAAUGAAACUGUUGUUAUAGCAAGCAAUAGUAACAAAAUAUUAUCAGACUUGGAAGAAGACUCUAGCACUCAAUUUAACAAUGAUGAUACACCUCUAAUAGACAACAGUCAGUGCAUUAACAUUGAAGAUUCAUCUGACAGUGAAUUGCCCUGUGAAGAAAAUCCACAGAAAGUUAAACAACCAAUAGUAGCAAAAGAUAGCGAUUAUCAAACAAUUCAAGAUAUGAUAUCAGCAUGUGUUAGUUCAUAUACCAGCAAAAAAAGAGAAACAUCUGAAAUAGACUCAAAUACAAAUAAACAAAAAGAGAAAAUGAAAGAUAAAGUAAGUACUGUUUCUCUCAACCAUAAAGUUUUAAGCAUCGGAAGGAAAAUUGUUAACAAACAGGGUUUUAAUUGUACUGGACUUUUAAGAUACUUGGAGUACAAAGAUCUUGACAUAGUCUGGUUACCCAAACCUGUGAGUACAAAAAACACGAACUACAUUCGUAUUUCAAUUACAAAAUCAGAUGCACAUGCAAAUGAUAGAGAAAGUAUGUGGGUUGAUACAGAUAGGUCAUUAAUGUCUUCAAAACCUGGUACGGAUCCUAAUCCCCCCAUGGCAGUCACACUAUAUCUCGAUAAUAAAUCAAACGAUUCAGAUUCGAAAAUAAUUUUAAACGCCAAUCCUGUUGCACACCCGAAACAAUUGCCUAGGAAGUUGGCACCAGCUACUGAAUCUAGACAACUACCUUCUAGAACAUUUGAAGAACCAGCUUUCUGUAUGCCUAUCAUUGCAUCAACAACUUCAUUAGCAGAAGUUUCUACUGAUCAACAGAAUCAGGAAGCUAAUGACAAAACUAGUGCUACAUCCAGAGCCACAGUAGAGAUGACUACAACAGCUCCAAGAAUUAAAGUGAAGCCAGUUUCUGAAUUAAUGUCACAAGAAACUUUGGACAGUCUUAGGCAAGAGCAAAUCAUAUCUGCUACAAAUAAUGGUAUAAUGUUGACGAAUCACAUGGAUAAAGUUUGGCAACACAAGCCAGACGAGGUGUUUUCGAAUGUCUUGGUACAGCCGCAAGUUGACCGUCCGACCGUGCCGAUUAACCAAAUGCCGGCCCUAAAUUUAGAUAAUACAGAACAUUCAAAUUCAGGUUCCAGUAAUGAUAAGGAUGACAGUCAAGAUUACGUAAUACUGGACACGGCUGAUCUUCCAAACACCAAAACAAAAUCGCCUAUGUCAUAUCUGAAAAGUCUCUUGCAAAUUCAUAACAUAGUAUUAUUAAGUACAGAUGAAGCAAUAACAAAAGAUUUUAUUUGCCUCAUUAAAUUUAAAGCAUUAUUUAAGCAAAACAAGACUACCCCUAUACUGCUUUGCUUAUCGUUACACUGUUUUAAGAAUACAUUUUCUUUACAAAUUAGAGAUAGCAGUCAACUAGGUAUUGAUAUGUUUCAAAUGUCUGCUAACUGGCAAUGGGAAAUCCUUCAAGUGUAUUGUGGUGAAGUUUCUGUUAAAACAAUAGAGAGUGCUCGGAAACAUGGUCAAGAAGUCUAUGACUAUACAAAUCAUUUCUAUUGCUUACUGAAAUCAAUCAAUUAUCGCAAAGCUUGAAUUGAACCAUUAUUUUGGCUAUAGGUAGAUAACUGACGAAAUUGAUCAUUAACAGACCUCAAUCAAAAAUCUCUGGAUCAAUGUCCUGCCCUGAUCCUAAUGCACGAUUUCCGAUUGAGAUCGAUUAUUAUUUAUUUCGUCUAAACGAGACACGAUUUAGUUUCUCUUGUUUCGCCUAUCCGGAAGGAUCACCACCACCAGCGUUGCAAAAACACUCACCAAUACUAACAAGAUUUAAGUUUGAAAAAAAAUAUAGUUUUUUU